AAAUAAUUUGACAAUUGGUGUAAUUAAGAAACCACAUCCCCAUCCUCAUUCUCAGCCAUAAAUAACUCUUUCACCAUCUCUCCGUCAUUUAAACCCCAGCGUCUUUCUUCCUCAAGAACUUAUAAGUUAUAACUAACAAUGGUGGCAAAGAGAUCUCCAAAGCUAACACAAACCGCAAUGCUGAAGCAAAUCCUCAAGAGAUGUUCGAGCUUGGCCAAGAAUCAAUGCUACGACGAGGAUGGUCUGCCUGUAGACGUACCAAAGGGUCAUUUCGUGGUCUACGUAGGGGAAAAGCGGAGCCGUUACAUUGUACCCAUAUCCUUCUUGACUCAUCCUAAGUUCAAGAGCUUGCUUCAACAGGCAGAGGAAGAGUUCGGAUUCAAGCACGACAUGGGACUCACUAUUCCUUGUGAGGAAGUUGUGUUCCGCUCUCUAACAUCCAUGAUCAGAUGAGAAAAAGAGCGUGCCGCUAUAUAUAUAUAUAUAUAUAUUAAUGUUUUUCGCUACCUUUGGGCUUUGGAUGAAUAAUGUAUUCAAAGGGUUUUUUUCCAAACUAGAAUGACCCUUUUUACGUGGAUUUUAUGUAAAACCUGGGUUUUAGUUUGUUAAUUCUUAAAGUCUAGCCCCUAAAGUUUGUCUUAUCGUUCAAUAGGUUUUAAUUAGUUUUUUUUUGCAAGCUAUAAUAAUUUAAGUGAUGGCUUGCCUAAUAAGAACUAAUCCAUAUUAUUUUAUGGUUUAUAAUC